UCAAUGGAAGUGAGAAAGCAGAGGAGCGAAGCAUGGCGAGAGAGGGAGAGGUUGAAAAUGCGAAACCGAGAGCUCACAUGUUGUUCGUAUACGGCACGCUGAAGCGAGGGUUCCCUAACUACGGUCUAAUGGAGGAUCUGAUCGGCGAAGACGACGCCGUUUUCGUGGGAACUUUCUACACCGAGCAGCCGUAUCCGCUGGUGUGCGGGCCACACGGCAUCCCGUAUUUGAUCAACCUGCCCGGGAAGGGGCACCGGGUGAAGGGGGAGGUGUAUGCUGUCUCGGAUGCGGCGGUGGCUCGGCUGGACGAGUUUGAAGGAGUGAGUGGCGGGUAUUACGAGCGGGUUGCGGUGGUGGUGGAGGAGGGAGGGGAGAAGGUGGAGGCGGAGGCGUAUUUUGGGCACAGGAGGUUUGGGGAGGUGUUGUGGAAGAUGAAGGGGGAGAUGGGAUUGAAGGAGUAUGGGGAGAAUGAAGCGAGUGAGUAUGUGAGGAAAGGGGAUAGGCUUGGUGGUAGAAACACUAUUCUUGACCUGGUUAGUUAAUUGAAGUUAGUUGUUACUUUGUGUUGUUGUGUCUUCUUCACUCUUUUGUUAUUUGUGUUUUUUCUUCUUUUCUUACAUAUGUGUAAAGUUCUAAAUAUAUAAAUAUAUAUAUGUUAUUGUAUUAUCA